AUGGCACCCAUGAUUGAGAACCGUGGACCCGAGCUCUUGGUUGUCAACUUCUUCUUCGUCUCUGCGACAGUGUUAACCACUGCCUUGCGCUGUUAUGUCCGGGCCGGUCUGGUAAAGGCUUUUGGAACGGACGACUGGCUCAUGGUCUUGGCUUUGACAUUCUUCAUAUGCUACUCUACCUCCUCAAUACUUGGUGUUCACUAUGGCACCGGAAGGCACUUUGCAGACAUCGAAGAUGACCAGAUCCCCAAAGCACUCGAGUGUUGGUGGUUCUGCUACCUCUUCUACUCCCUCAGCAUGAUCGUCUCAAAGAUGUCCAUCGCCUUCUUCCUCUUACGCAUCACCACCCGAAAGCUCCACAGCUGGAUCAUCUACAUGGCCAUGAUGUUCACCGUCCUGGCCGGAGUCGUCUUCUUCUUCGUGACGCUGUUCCAGUGCCAGCCGAUAUCGUUCUUCUGGCAAAAGAAGCAGCAGGGGAGCUGCAUCAACAUCAAUGUAGUCAUUGCCCUGGCAUUCUUGUACAGUGGUUUCAGUGUCAUAUCCGACUUGACUUUUGCCAUCCUUCCUGCCUUUAUUGUCUGGAAACUCCAGCUGCAGAAGAAGGCCAAGAUCGCCCUGAUCCCGCUGUUGAUCAUGGGCUGCGUUGCCAGCUCAGCUGUGUUGGUUCGCUUUGGGUAUCUCAUGAGCCUCAAAGAUCCUGAUUUCCUCUGGUCCACCCUCGACAUCGCCAUCUGGUCAUCAGUAGAACAAGGCCUCGCCAUCACAGCGGGCAGCCUCGCAACCCUCCGUCCCCUCCUCAGAACCGUCGGCUACAAGCUGGGAAUGACCUCGGACCCGUCCCCGAUCCGCGUCACCGACGACCCAGCUAAACGACCGUCGCCCUUCUCCACCACCAAUAUUACCACUUCCAGCAGUGGUCCGCCGCGGCCAGGCCACGCAGACGCCUACAACAUGUCAUACUUCCCCUGCAAAUGCUGCGGAAACGUCAUGUGUCAAAAGAGGCACAGCGAGACACGGUCCGGGAGGAGGAGGUCGAGUAGCAGGGGAUUCUCGACGAGGGCGAGCAAAGGCGAUGAGGAUGCCUUGGCGCACAUUAAAAGCAUCAGCGAGAAUGGUAGCGAGGAAGAAGUGGCUUAUGGGGGGAGGUCGACGAGGGAGGCUUCACAUGAUAACGAGAGGCUGGUGCCGCUGAACUUCCUCAUCAUUGAUGAGCAGGAUGGUUCAUGA